GGUCCCGACGCCGCCAUGAUGGCUUUUACCUCAGCGGCCACUAUGGCGGCUCCCUCCUCACGACCGCCUUCCCGCCUUUUUGCGUUCGGCUUUCUGAUUGGCUCCUCCUCGGCCCCAGCCGGGCGCUGAUUGGUGGGUGGAGGCCCCGCCCACUUUACCUCAGGGCUGGGAGCCCCGCCCACUUUACCUCAGGGCUGGGAGCCGGAGCUGGUCCCUCCUCACCCCUUCCCGGUGGAUCCUGCCCCGCACCGGGAAUGUCACGGAAGGACCGGGAAGGGCCCGAGAUGGAGGCCGCCGCCAGCCCCACCGUGCCAGGGCUGGGCAGGGAGGAGACCCCCGAGGAGGACGCUGACCGGCCGAGGACGGAGCCGGUGCCCGGUGCAGAGGCAGCGCUGGAUGCUCCUUCCUCCCGGUACUUCGCCUCCCUGGAUGCCACCGUUGGGGACCUGCAGCACCGCGCUCAGCACCUCAUUGACAACGUGAACAGCAGCAGGAAGGAGGAUCACAACGUGAUGAGCACCUUCAGAGAGAGCCUCCUGCUCAAGGUUUCGGGCCUGGCGGAGCGGCUGGAGGAGCAGCUCUUCCACCUCUAUGGCAUCCACAAUGAGCUGAUCCAGGAGCGGCUGCAGGAGCUGGCCGAGGUGAUGGAGAGGGUGGGAGAGGCUGAGGCCGAGCUCCGGCAGGUCUGCCGCACUGUGGAGGCUGCUUACCGGGACCUCUGCCUGCAGCCCGAGACCUGAGCCCCACAAGUAGGGCCCGAGCUGCUCUGCUUGGAGCUGCCCCACAGUGGGAUACAGGGGGGCGGUUGCCCCCCCCCAAAAAAGGGCUUUGCUGUUGCUGUUUGGGUUUAGCACCAAUAAAAGGAGCCAGAGGCA